GCUUUGAAUAUUGAACAAACAUUCCCCAAAAACAUAUCUAAAACUGUAACGAAUAUUUUCAUAUUGUACGGGGAAACAGAAACUAAAAUGGAUUUUCAAAAUCAGGAGAGUUCAAUAAUUGAAUCUAGCAGCUCAGCAGAUUCUAGCGUAGAAAAUUUUACCAAAGAUAAUGCUGUAUAUGCCCAAGAUGUGGACAAACCGGCUGCUGGUACAUCCUCAUGCAGCAUUAUAAGUGACUUUGCACAUCUUCGCCCACGAGGUGGACUGCGUGGCAAGUCAUAUUGGCGCGACGUGAUUGACGAGGUGGAGUUUGCAGUGCACUGCGUUUCGGAGCCUCGCUUACCUGUAAUCGACUACUCACUGGUCCUGCCGCCACAUCUACGCGAACGAGUAAAGCAGAUACAAGCCUACGAUUACUCAACUUCAGAUGAUGUUGUUUUUAUUCGGGACGAGAUGCGCGAGGAGCGGCCGCACGACUAUCAGAUAGCGAGUGAGGACAGUCGAGAGGAAGAAGGAGCUCCCCUUAUAACGGACCGCAAGAAAGUGGAAGAACACUUUAGCGAAAGCCAGCACUCGGACAUAGUGCGCAUGGAUCAUGAAUUCGAAAAGUUCGAUCUUAGGUUAGAUGAACCAGUAGGCCACACCCAUCGUAGUGUCGACAAGACUAGCUGGUAUGCAAAGUUUUUGUGUGCCUCUCGAGAGGAGCGUGUCUGUUGGGACUCUCGAGUGGAACGAUCCAAAGCAGGCGAUUCUGCGUACACGCUUGACGAACAGGCAGAGAAUCUAAUGGAUGCGUCUGCCGAACGGUUCAUUCAGUGGCUCAAUUCUAUCGGUACAAUGGACACGUCUAUGACACCAGAGAAGGUAAAAAAUUUAUUUUCCAUCAAAGGCGAUCGUACGCUCCUUGCGUCGGUCAAAACGGAUCCUAAGGAGGUGAACGCCAUAGCACAGACAGUUGCCGACAAGUGGAACAAGCCUCAUAUGGCAAUCGAGCUUAAGUACGAGAAACACAUCAAUAACCAUGCAAUGCGCGAGACAAAAAAGCCGCUUCUUAGCGCCUUUGGUCGCACUGUACCUCAAAAGGAUCGACCUUGGAUCAAGCGCUCCGGCGAUAAGGUCAUCGAAACGGUCUACCCCAAUGAUCUUCUCACACGCGAGAAGAUAUUCAAAGGCAUUACCCAUCUUCGCAGCACCACUGCGCUUAUUGACUUUUACUUAAACAAUCCAAAAUUGGCACGCCCUCUUUACUUACUCGAGGGCGGAGACUUCCAAGAAAUGAAAACAAGCGAAUCGGUGAUGGAAAUACCGCUUUACGAGCAUCUGGGACUGCGCUACUAACAGCAGACUCCGAUCUAAUUUAACUAAUUACUUUUUUGAUGGCUACAGAAAAUCAAUUAAGAUUAAAUCAAAUUUAUAGUUUCAUGCAAGUACAAGAACUUAGUUAAUGUUAAAAAUAAGUAGUUAAAUGCGAACAGACAAAAAUAUAUCAACUUGGA